AUUACAUACUGUAGGGCUCAUUCAGGGAUGACACUCCCAAAAGGACUUUUUUCAUAUUCAAGGCUCAAACCCGAGACUACUGGUUAAGAAUGAAACAGUCCUACCACUACACCACAAUCCAUGUUGAGCAGAUUCAAGUAAAUGCACCAACAAGUGAAGUUUGGAAUCUCUAUGGUACUUUUAAAUUACCAAAUUUGGUUGUUGAAAAACUCCCACACAUUGUUGAAAAAGUUGAGUUGAUUGAACGCAAUGGAGGAGCUGGUUCACUCCUGAAAGUUAGUUUAGUUGGAAAUGCUCCAUACAAAGAGAAAUAUGUGUUAGUGGGUGAUGAAAAAAGAGUGAAGGAAGUAGAGAUUGUUGAAGGUGGAUUUCUUGAUCUUGGAUUCAAAUUUUUUUUGAUCAAGUGGGAAAUUUUGGAGAAUGAUGAGAAUUCAAGCAUCAUCAAACUUACUAUUGAUUUUGAGACUAAAGAUGUUGAAAAAAUUCAUCUUACUAAUGGCCUCUUCCAAGUCUUAGUUGCCCUCAUGAAAGCUUCUGUUGAUUAUCUUGAGAAAUAAUCUUUUUUUUAUUAUUAUUAUUAUUGGAUCUUUCAUAAUUUAUGUUGUUUUCCUUUUUACUUUGUUG